AGUCCCCAGGUUGCAAGAGGAAGGAAACAUGAGGGAGAUUCUGUUCCAGCCAACCCGUCAGUGAGGGAAGGGGAUGUGUCCUUAUGCCAGUUCUUCUGUCCUGCUGCAGGUCAGGAGAUGGAGGCCUGUGCAUCAGAGACAGAGAAUUUUUGCAGUGGGAAGGAUGAAGAAGAUGUGGUAUGGGAGAACGUGGAGCGUAACCGGCACGUCCUCAGCCGAUACAUCAAUCCAGCCAAGCUUACACCAUACCUCCGACAGUGCAAAGUCAUCGAUGAGCAGGAUGAAGAUGAGGUGCUCAAUUCACACAUGCUGCAGUCCAAAAUUAACAGAUCAAGUCGUCUGCUGGAUAUCCUCCAGACAAAGGGACAGAGAGGAUAUGUUGUUUUUUUGGAAAGCCUUGAGUUCUACUAUCCAGAACUGUAUAAGCUGGUCACGGGAAAGGAGCCCACACGGAGAUUCUCUACUAUAGUAGUGGAAGAAGGACAUGAGGGUCUGACACAGUUCCUGAUGAAUGAGGUAAUAAAACUACAACAGCAGACAAAGGCAAAGGAGGUGCUACGGUGCGACCUUCAAGUCAAAAUGAAACAGCUUGAGGAUGAAAAGAAACAGCUGAAGCUGAUGAAUCAAGAACUAUACACUUUCCAGGAACGUUACAACAAGAUGAAGGAGGAGAGAAACAACUAUAAUGAUGAGCUUAUGAAAGUCAAAGAUGACAAUUAUAACCUAGCGAUGAGGUAUGCACAGCUCAGUGAGGAGAAGAACAUGGCAGUGAUGAGAAGCCGGGAUCUACAACUUCAGAUCGAUCAGCUGAAGCACAGGUUAAACAAGGUGGAGGAAGAAUGCAAAUUGGAACGCAACCAAUCCCUCAAACUGAAAAAUGACAUUGAGCAAAGGCCGAGGAAGGAGCAGGUGCUGGAAUUAGAACGAGAGAAUGAAAUGUUAAAAACCAAAGUCCAGGAACUACAAUCAAUUAUUCAGGCUGGGAAACGGAGUUUACCUGACUCUGAAAAGGCAAUCCUUGACAUCUUAGAGCACGAUCGGCAGGAGGCUCUGGAAGACAGGCAAGACCUCGUCAACAAGAUUUUCAACCUACAGGAGGAAAACAGACAAGCAGAGGAGCUCAGGGAUAAGUAUCUGGAGGAGAAAGAGGAUUUGGAGCUGAAAUGUUCAACACUGGUUAAAGACUGCGAAAUGUACAAGCAUCGGAUGAACACUAUCAUGUUUCAGCUGGAGGAAGUGGAAAAAGAACGAGAUCAGGCAUUCAGAUCCCGGGAUGAAGCCCAGACACAGUUCUCGCAAUGCCUGAUUGACAAAGAUAAAUAUCGCAAACAAAUCCGGGAACUGGAGGAGAAGAAUGAUGAGCUCCAAAUUCAAAUUGUCAGGAAAGAAGGAAAAAUCGUAGCUUUGGAAUCAAAACUCCGGCGUAUGUCCAAGGACACCCUGUCGGCAGACCAGAGCCUCCCACGGAAUAUUCCAGCCACCAUUAUCUCUCAGACUUUCUGCCAAUCCUGUCAGAAGAGGAAUGGACAGGAGCAGGAGAGUUCAUCAACAUCAGAGGAAUCUCCUGAAGACAAUGAAUUUUUUGUGCAGGAGCCACGACUAAGACGGAGACCAAAUCUUAAAGUUUACGGAAUUGGAAGGCCGAAGUCUCCAUGCACCUUCCCUAGACAACAAGAUUAUCAAGAUGAAGAUUUGUCAGAUGUCAGCAGCACCAAGAUGGAAACUCCUAAUUCCAUUAAUGGCUGUGAUCCUCUGAGUACAAUACAAACAUUGAGACCCCGAUUCCCCAGUGUCAUGUCAACUACUCCUGAACCACCAUGCAAUGAUUCAAUUCUACGGAGGACUAGAGAAGAAGACCGGGAGAUGCCACACAGAAGUGCUCAUUUGAAGAAAUACAGUAUUACAGAGGAGGACAAUGAUAGCAUCUGUUGUUACACCUUUGAUGCCAUGCAAAUGGAAACAGAUGAUGAAUAUCAGGACAGGAUCUCUCAUGGACCACCAUCCAUCCAUUCAUCAUCAUCGUCACAUCAAUCUGAAGCUUUAGAUUCAUGUGAAUUAGACCAUAUGAACUCCAUAUUCAGAAAAUUUUCCUUGGAAAGACCAUUUCGUCCUUCUGUGACCUCAGCCGCUCAGAUCUGUAACCCUUUGAAACAUAUGCUGCAUACAACACUCAAUGGUGACAACCUGGUGACCGAAAUCGCUGUUGUUGGUGGAAAUGAGAGUGGCCUUUUCAUUCAAUCAGUACAAUCGGGUUCUGCUGCAGAGAAGGCAGGGCUGAAGGAAGGACACCAACUGAUUUUGCUGGAAGGAUGCAUCAAGGGAGAAACUCAAAGUGUUGCCUUGGAAACAUCUACUAAAGAAGAAGCCCAUUGGACAUUACAACGCUGCAAUGGACCAGUGACACUCCACUUUAAAGCAAACUUUGAUGGUUACAAAAAACUACAAAAAGAUUUGGAAGAUGGAAGUAUCACGUCUGGGGAUUCCUUUUACGUUCGCGCCAAUCUGAAUAUUUCUGGACAGACGGACAACUGCUCGAUGUGUAUGAAGUGCGACGAGAUUAUCCACGUUUUAGACACUAUGUACCAGGGCAAAUGUGAAUGGAUGUGCGCUCGUGUCGACCUAUUCACUGACAAAGACUUGGAGACAGGCACCAUUCCCAGUUACUGCAGAGCUCAGCAGCUACUCCUGGUGAAGAUUCAGAGAUUGAUGUACCGCGGCAGCAGAGAUGAGACAGACAAUCAAUAUAGCACACUCCGAGGAUUAUGGAAUUUUUUACAACCUGAAGAACAGCCCCCCAUCGAUCCCAAAGCACCCCGUCUCUCUCGAGCAAGCAUAUUCUUCGGUCAGAUUUUACAGUUUGUCAGUAGGUCUGAUAACAAGUACAAGAGAAUGAACAGCAGUGAGCGCGUGCGGAUUGUCACUGGCUCCCCAUCUGGCCCGGCAAAAGCCUCUUUCGAAACUCUGAAACUCUCAGCUGAUAAACAGGAUGAUGUAGAUACAGAAAGCGACAUCAAGAGGAGUUUCAGCCUGAUCCCAUACAGCCUGGUCCAUCCGUACCACAUCCAGCAGAAACGCCCUGUGUUGUUCUCACCCACCUCAAUGGCCAAAAUGCUGGUGCAAAAGUUACUCAAUUCUGGAGAAGCCAUGGAGUUUGACAUCUGCAAGUCAGAUAUUUUAAACAAAGAAGAAUAUUUACAGAAACAGAAGUCUGAACCAAUUAUCUUCUCCAGAGAAAAACAUUUAAACACCUUUGAAUGCGUCAUGCCUGCUAAUAUCAAAGCUGUAACUGCCAAGAAUAAACAUUGUUUACUAGAAGCCGGACUGAGCUGCACAAGAGAUUUAAUUAAGAAGGACAUCUAUCCAAUUAUAAUCGUCAUUAAAGUCUGUGAGAAGAACAUCAAGCGGUUCAGGAGGCUGCCAGCAAAACCAGACAGCGGUGAGGAAGAGUUCCUGAAGAGCUGCCGUUUGAAUGAGAGUGAACUAGAAUCUCUCCCCUGCAUGUACACAACAGUGGAAGCUGACGCAUGGAGCAAUAUCAAGGAGCUCAUCAAAAUCAUCAAAGAAAAAAUCAUCGAGGAGCAGAGGAAGACAGUCUGGAUCGACCAGGACCAACUCUAGGGUUUUAUUGAGUGACUGCAGAAUUUAUCCCAAUGGUACAUCCCCAGCCAUUAAUGGACUUGCGAACUGUAAGCCAGUCUUGCAGGGGAGACACUCAGUUGAUGCUUUUUGUGACUGAUGGGUGAUGAUUCCUAGAUGGGCAGGUACCUCAGUUAAAACUAAUGCUCAGAACAACACUUGUUGCAAUUGAAAACUUGCAGUUUUAAAGAUGAUGAAUGACAUCAUGAAAAUGCUUUUCCAUAUUCGUGAUUUCCCAAAGCCUACUUGAGGCAUGGGUGGAAGUAACUGCGGUCAUGCAUUACUAGCUGAGAGAGAAUGCCACUGAGAGAAUUCUCAAGUUUAAUCCUUGCCUUCUGCUUAUUGCUUACACAAUUGCAAGCUCCAGUUUAGCCUGGGUUUCUUGACUAUGUAUUCAUAGCCAAGAAAGGAAAACACCUGUUUGACCCAUCAGACCUGACCACUCUGGCACCUCACAUUCAUCCAGUGGCUUAUCCAGCUAUGUUUAUACAAAGCUAUUGAGGGAUUACAUCUGUGUAGAAUGUGCUACUCUUUGGGGGGAGGGGGGAACGACAUUGGUAAUCUCACCCAACUGUGCACUCCUGCUGUCGGAUCAACGUUACAAGAGAUCCCAGAGGAGGUAGUAUCCCGGAGUGCCGUGAAUUCCAGACAAAACAAAGUAACAUCAGAGUGGAGGUUAUUCCUCUGUGCAAAAGGUGUAGCAAAAUAAUAAGCAUAUUCUUUCUAAGCAAACAGGUUUACGAUUUUACUACACCAGAAACAGCGAGGGAAAUCGCCUCUGUGAAUUAAAACCUUUAUAAAGGAGGAGAAUUAGAGAAUUAGAAGGAAAAAUACUUGAAAAAUAAUGGGUUCAAAUUUCCAAGCAGGCUUCCGGAUUUCCCACUGGAAGGAGGGCAGAGAUCCCGCAGCACAAAUACUAUCCCCAUUUCUCUAGGGUUUUCACUGUGGGGGAAUUAGAAGAAUUCUGUUGUUAAAAUUGAGAUUAUCCAUUCAGCUGCCUUGUGAAUUUUCUUACGAAUUAGGAAUAGGAAUAGGCCACUCAGACCCUUGAGGC